CCAUCUCCAACAUGAGUGCCACUUACUCUGUUUGGCUUUUAAUAUAAUUGAUCACCAAAUUAGAAACCAGAAGGAGGAAGACUACGACGCCGAGCCCCUUUAAAUUUUAGCUGGUUCUCUCUUUUUUUUCUUUCUCAUUUGAAAUUUAGCCCAAACAAGCUUGAUGUGAAGAGCCAAGGGAAAUAAGAUAUCUUCUUUUUUCCCUUCUCUCACCUUCACAGUGCACCUAUCCACUAAAUCACCUUUAGUUUUUAGGUUUUUUUUUGUACCUCCUCGGAUAUUUGUAGCUCAAGCACGGCUGCACUGGGGCACCCCAUUUUCUGAAGUCUUUCACGAAACAGCACCGAGAUUUUCUUCUGCAAGUUAAGGCACUUCAGGGAAAACCCACCAACUGCUGGGGGAAAACUUUUUUUUUCUUGUACAAAGAAGCGUUAAAAGUUCCACAAUGAGUAAUCUUAAACCCGACACUGAGCCGAACAACAACGCAGAAGAGGAGGUACGAACUCUCUUUGUCAGCGGCCUGCCAGUUGACAUCAAACCACGGGAACUCUACCUGCUAUUCAGACCAUUCAAGGGUUAUGAAGGUUCACUGAUUAAGUUAACAUCCAAGCAGCCUGUUGGGUUUGUUACCUUUGACAGCCGUUCUGGUGCUGAAGCGGCAAAAAAUGCAUUAAACGGAAUUCGCUUUGACCCAGAAAGCCCACAGACCCUGCGGUUAGAGUUUGCAAAAGCCAAUACGAAGAUGGCAAAGAGUAAGCUGAUGGCUACACCGAACCCCACAAAUAUCCACCCAGCUCUAGGAGCACACUUCAUUGCACGGGACCCAUAUGACUUGACAGGAGCAGCACUCAUCCCUGCCUCUCCGGAGGCGUGGGCCCCCUAUCCCCUGUACACCACGGAGCUGACCCCUGGCAUCCCUCAUGCCGCCUUCACCUACCCCGCGGCGGCGGCGGCGGCUGCAGCCCUUCACGCCCAGAUGCGCUGGUACCCUUCCCCCUCUGAAGCAACCCAGCAAGGAUGGAAAUCCCGUCAGUUUUGUUAAGUAUUUAAUACCAUUCAGUACCUGAGUUUUUUCUGUGGAGUGAAGUGACAGGAUGUACGGAGCUCUGCGUUAAUUUAAUCAGGUUUAUUUAAUGGACAAAGGUGCAUUAUGGACUUUUUUUCUUUUCCUUCAGAUCUUUCUGAAGGUGUUUUGAACUGAAACCAUCUUGUGGACUACAAAAAAUGAAGCUGAGGCCUAUCUGGCUAAUUACUACGGUACAAACUUUGCACUUAAAACCCUGUGCAAGGCCACGUUACUGCAGAAAUGGACCUGUUUUGCUGACAAAAAUGAUAUAGCUGCUCUUCUGGGGGGGAUGUGAGACAAUCAUUGUGCAUGUUAAAGUAUCUGGCAUGAAUUAGAAUGCAAAGUUGUGUAUCCUUGUUUUAUAGUGCUUGUGUUGCCUUAGCAACAGGUCUCGGCCUAGUCAACUGACCCUUUGUUUUCUGUAUCUUAGGCUUGCUUCUGUGAAGGUUUUUGGCUUGAGUUGCUUAAGAUGUUACUUGCAAGAUAGAGGCCAAUUUCUAGUUAGUUUUUUUUUUUGUUCAAUGUGGACAACUUAUGCACUGGGUAUUUUUCUUUUACAAUAUCAACAGUCAAACGUGUCCAGGAUGGGCAACUACUUCAAUGACCCAGCUUCUACAGACAAUAUGAAUGCAUCUUCAUUUGACAAAACCUGGUCUUGCCAAAAUAUCAGACAGCUGUUUGGAGUAUAUCUGAACAAAAGUAGUACAAGUAUUUUUGUACGUUUGUGUAAUUAAUAAAUAUUUAUGCAUUUUGUGCAAUUAAGUAAUCUGUAUAAGUUAAUGUUUAGACUUUUUUUGAAAAAUGCUGAUUCUAUCUAUAUCCUGUUUGAAGUAGUUAAGUGCAAUUGUAUUUUUUUUUGGGCUUGGUGUUAAAUAAGUAUUGACAGUGGCUGAACUGUUGGAUUUAAAAGGACUGCUGACAUGAGAUUGCUGUAAAAUUGCUGAUCAGAGAAUGUGAAACUGGAUAAUAAACAGAUAAACCUAAAA